AUGGAGAUCCUGCCGGUCACGAAUCAGUUUGUCGGAUUCAAUAGUGAAAAAGCUUGGAAUGGGCCUACAUGGCGGGAAGCACCGGUCCCGGUGCCGACGGAGGCGGCGCUGGCUCAGAGGCUGGAGCGCGAGCUCCGAGCAGCGAAAGGAGCCAGCGAGCUGGCCACCGCCGAGGUGCUAGUACCUGCCGAGCUACUGGCCAGGGCAUCUCGGCAGACGCUGGCGUUAGCCGAGGGCGAGCCCUGUGGGUCCCGAGGGGCGGCGGUCAUAGUUGACGUCGCGGGCAGAAGAUUAGCAGCUUUCAAAAUAGACCCCAACACUUUAACCACGCACGAGAUACAUCUACAUCUGGAACAUGAUGCCACGAACUGGACUAGCCUGUUGCCGCAAUUCUUAAAAAACUUAACGCGAGGCGGCACCAUCAUCAUCAGCCCCCAGUUCACGAUAGAAAAGAAGAAACUGUUCAGGAGCCAGGCAGAGUGA